AUGCCACCAUGCACCUCCCUCCGCAACGCCUCGUCCCUCCUCGGUAGGGCCACACAACGGCGCCCCCCAUGCCGCCACGCCAGCACGAACCGCCCCUCGCGCGCCGAGACCCAAGCCGCCCUGGCAGCGCAGGUCGACCGAGCCCUGCAGGCCGACGAGCACGGCGCCACGCUCAAGCUGCACCCGCACAGCAAGACGAUUGAAACGGUCGUCGGCGCGCUGCCGCUUUCGCCCGUCAUGGAUCCGGCGUGGAUCGAGGCGCGGCGGCGCUUUCGCACGCCCAAGCCCAAGACGCCCGCUCACACCUAUCUCGGCCGGUUCAGGAAGAAGCUCUACCUCAACCCGUACGCACAGGCACUGGCGACGCCCUGGCGGCUCUGCACGGCGACGGAGACAGGUCUGCCGCGCUACUUCCUCCAGGACUUCGAGGUCGUCACGAACCCCGAGACGGGCCAGCCCUGCUUCGUGCCCGGCGACCGGACCGACGCCGCUGCGCCAGACACGCCGCCACCACCGGUCUCCGGCCAAGAGUCCUCUCCAGAGGGCCGCAGCCCGACCGACGCCCCUCGACCCCUCGCCGGCCCCUCGGCCCCCGUAGGCUACGUCCUCGCCCGCCACGACGUCCUCGAGCUCCUUGGCAGCCCCCGCCGCGUCUCGAGCCUCGGCGGCAAGCACAUCGCCAUGCUCGCCCGCCGUGCCCACCUCUCCCGCUCCGGCCUGCUGCCGCGCCUCGUCUGGCCGCCGCACAUGCACCGCCUCGUCCUCGACCUGCUGCGCGCCCGCGCCGUCGACGCCCUGCUCCGCCUCGCCCGUCUCGACGCCGCGCCCGCCCGCGGCUACCUCCGCCCCUGCGCGUCCUGGGCCCAGAUCAACAGGGACAUGCCCCACCGCGGCUGCGUCCUGUGGUCGCCCGGCGAGGCCGCGGUUUCCGCUGCCGCUGCCGAGACACCCGGCCCGUGGGCGACGCUCGACAUUGAGGGCGCCAAGUACGAGGGCAAGAUGCCCGUCCACGACCUGCGGCGGCUUCUCGGCGACGAGCACCUCGCGCGGUUGCGGGCCGAGCCCGCCUUCGCCGACAGCACCCUUCUCGUGCUCGGCAAGCGGCGGACCAUCCCGGCGCAGCUUCUGCUGUGGAAGUUGCAGGGCUACCUUGCCGAGUAUCCUGGUCGCGACGAGGCCGAGGCGGACUGA